CCAAACCAACGUGGAGAAUCUGCAGUUGGUAAAUUGUGCAAAAUAAGGUUGUAAGUUUUUGUUCCUCCCGGUGAUGAGAAAUGUUGGUGUCAGUGCUGGUACCUAAGAAUAUUUGUAUCCGAUGGAAAUAUAUUUUGUAUAAAGGAGAAAGCAUAGUUGUGCGAACAAUUGGUUAAAAUAUCAAUAAUUGGUUUUGAUACACUAUCAAAUCAUGCCUCGUCUACCUAUGCAUCCUGCGUCGGGAUCGGGUAUUGUUACGCCCUUCACCAAAGCAAUACGGUUCGCUCGUUAUGGUUGCGCUAACAGACCGUUCUUUCAUGUCGUCGUAAUAGAUGUUAAAAAACAACGUAAUGCAGAACCAGUGGAACAAAUUGGUACCUUCGAUCCUAUUCCAAACAUAUAUAACGAGAAAUUAGCGUCAUUCAAUUUUGACAGACUACAAUAUUGGCUGACCAAAGAUGUGCAGGUAUCCAAACCUGUUGCGAUUUUAUUAGGACUCGCUGGAUAUUUCCCUGUUCACCCAAAAUCUUACAUGAGAGCUUGGAGAAACCGCAGAAGAGAAAAUGAAGAACGAGCGGUUAAAGAACAAGCAGCAGAAUCUUGAAAUAUAUUUUUUGAAUCGUAAAAAGUCAUGUACAUAAUUUGCAUUUUGUUAAUAAAAUUUGUGUCAUUACAUAGUUUAAAAAAGUACAGUAUAACAUUGCAGUAUGCAAUAUUAUAUAUUCAGUCACUCUGUGUAAGUCUUACUUAAGUUAAGAAGUUUUAUAUGUGUGCAACACAUGUAACUUAAAUACUUGGUCGCGCAUUUAUAUGUUCGCAUGUAGAAUAAUUUCAACGCAUUAGUGACUUAAUGUGAAUGUUUUGAGACUCGUGUGUGUGAAUCUAAUAUAAUAUAAAAAUUUAUUAUAAUGUAAUAUGAGAGAUUUUAUAUUAUAUUAGUAGUAUUUUAUAGCUGGAUGUGGGAGAGGAUCAGAUAUAUAUAGUUUGCGUUAAUUAUUUAAGUACAACAGAUGAGCAAUAUGUGGCGUGUAAGAUGAAGUGUAAAGAAUUACAAUUAUACAUUUUAAGAAAAAAAAAAAAUGUUCCCCAGGUGAGGCUCGAACUCACAACCCCGGCAUUGCUCACACAAUCACUGUCAUAUAAGUACCGUGCGCUAACCGAUUGCGCCACUGGGGACUUGUGCGUUUGGGUUUCUUAUUACACGUACUACGCUUCAUAAUAUAAUCUACAUGCAAACACACGUAUACACGUGUGUAAGGUAUACGUAUAGAUAUCGUUAUCUUUUACUUUGAAAGUCAGUACUCAUAGUCAGAUCCUAUAUAUUUAAGUAUUGAAUUCAUCUGAAGAUGAAUCCGUAGCCAAUAAAACUGCCCGUGCGGUAUCUUGAGACAAACUUAAGACAAUUUGAAAUAUAAGAUAGAGCUGUGACUAGUAUUCGAGUACAUAGCCGGGUAUUAUCUUUAAGAUCGUCUUAAGUUUAUCAUCCGAUGGUGUACGAGCCGUUUCAUUGGCUACAGAGCAUCUGAAGAUAAACUUCAGACAAUCUUAAGUAUAUAAGAUUCGACUGAAUACAUCGACUCUAAUCGCUCAUAUGUCUAUUUUCGCACAUGCGCGUCUCAGUAUAUUCCAAUUUAUUCGUAAUAUAGAGUUGUAAACAAGACGAGAUUGUUUUAAAAAUUAAAUAUAUUCAGCUUUUUAAACGUGAAUCGCCACUUUUACAUUCGGAUUUUUAAGUUAAAUCUGAAUAAAAACACAUUAAAUAAAAUCUGAAUGAGAACAAAGAAAACAAAGUUAUAAUAGAAAAAAAAAUUAUAACAAUACCACUUUGUUUUUAAGUGGUCACUCAUCUAAUUGUAACGUUGUUUAACUUCAGCGAUCGGACAAGAAUUGCAACAAACUGAUGUAAAAUGUAACAUAUUUCUACUGUCAAAAGGAAGUGGAUAAACAUGAAUGUCAAUUUUGAGAUAUAUAACAAUAAUCUUUAUUGAUUAUUAUUAAAUUUAUUUUGUU